UCGACGUGUUACGAGCGGAGGGAGCCCGUGAACCAAUGCCCGCCUUCCAUGUGUUGCUUCAGUCAAAGGUGAAAGUUAGCGACUCGCUUUGAAGCCGAAGCAAAGAUGGCCCCGCUGGUUCUGGGGAGUUGGCACUGAUUGAGCGAUCACCGCGGGGAAAGGAGCCCCCCGAGUGGGCAACCGCGGCCGCUCUGCCCCUUCCUCCGAUGUGAUAUCCCGGCCGUAUUCCCGCCCAGAGAGUUUGGUGUCGUGGCGGCCUCCCCUCCCGCGAUCGCAUGGCGGUGUUCGAGCUGGUGUGGCGGCUGCUGCACGCCGUGCUGUGGCUGCAGCGGGCGCUGGGCGCCUGGCUGCGGCGCGGAGCGGGCGCCUGGGCGCGCUGGAACGCGGCGCUGCAGAACAAAGGGCGGAGCCGGCGGUCGCGCUGGCGGGCCGACGGGCGCGGGCUGAAGAAGCUGCCGCUGCACCUCGGGCUGGUGGUCACUGAGGAGGAGAGCAGCUACACCGACAUCGCCAGCCUGGUGGUCUGGUGCAUGGCCGUGGGCAUCUCCUACGUUAGCGUCUAUGACAACCAAGGUAUUUUCAAGAGAAAUAAUUCCAGAUUAAUGGAGGAAAUCUUAAAACAACAACAAGAAUUACUAGGUCUGGAUUCUUCAAAGUAUUCUACUGAAUUUUUAAAUAGCAGCAGGAAAGCUGAACAAGUUUUAUCUUGUCCGACCACAGUGAAAGUGCUUUCACCUGAUGAUGGGAAAGCCAAUAUAGUGAAAGCUGCAAAGAAGUACUGUCAAUUAGUUGCUCAACAGCAAAGAAGGUCUGCUGAUCUAAAUGUGAAUAUUAUGGACAGUUUACUCAGAGAAGAUUCUUCGGGUUUACCUGAUCCAGAUCUAGUUUUGAAAUUUGGACCUGUAAGCAGCACUCUUGGCUUCCUGCCUUGGCACAUCAGGCUUACUGAGAUUAUAUCAUUGCCUUCGCACAUCAACUUAAGUUAUGAAAGGUUUCUCUCUGCCCUCCAGCAGUUUGCAGCCUGUGAGCAGCGUAUGGGAAAAUGACCGAGUCAAUACGGAAUCACUUCCAGGCUUCAGUCAAAGGGACCCAAAGUAUACAAUGUUUACAAGCACCUGUGAACUAUGGAAGCCCAGUUCAGUGUCUUUCAUUAGCAGCUGAGGAUAAGAACAUGUUUUCUUUGUCCAAUUCUUAGUUGUGUAAGUGUCUGUGAGGGUCAAUCUGUUAUUUAAAGAAAAAUGAGCAAGGUUAUGUUUGACAAUAAUUCAGGCUUUUCUCAAAUGGGACCUUUUUAUAUAAAAAAUGAAGUUGUAUUCAAAGGAUUAUCAUUAGACUCCUCCUUGGAUGAUAUGGAUGAAUAAUGUAUCUACAAUGCCUUGCACUAAUUGAGUGUAUAAUAAAUGUAUAAAAUGAU